AGUCUUCCUCUUACACAUUCUUCACUCCAGCAGACCAGUAGCUCUCAUCUUGCUCCUCUCUCCCCCAAAGUCUUCUCUCCCAUUCUUCGAGAGAGAGGGCAAUGUACCGGCAGCUCCUGACGACGAUGCCUUCAACGAGCCAUUAUCGGCGGUGGCCGUGGUGGCGAGAGACCUGGGCUCGCCUGCUGGCUCCUCUGACCAUUUGGCUAUGUGGCAUUUUUCGUCAGCAUCCGAUAUGGGUUUUAUGGGGAUUCCCAGAUGGUGCUUGGACCGAGCUCCUCACGGUUGAUUCAAGCAAGCUCUGUUUUUGUGGAACAAGUUGAAGUCAGAGAUGAUGCUAAGAAAGGGUUCCUUCUUUAUUCCUUCUCCGAGAAACCUGACUUGAGCUCCCAAGCAAAUUGGAGUGUAUCAAACUACAUGAUUCUUACAUCCCAAAGCCGCAAGGGAUUUUCCUUUUGGUUGAACAACGGAUCAACAAUCCGUAUAACAUGUGAGGCUCCAACUAGUGCGUUAAAUCGACUGCAAGUGGUUGUGAUUAAAGGAGAGCGGACAGUCAACACAGUAUUGCCAAAAGCAACAAGUUCCCCUGAUGCCCUUGCAUCCCAUGAAGCAAUAGAAGGUAAAGAGGCAGAAUACAGCAUCGAGGAAGAUGACAAGUACUACCUUGGCAUCAUCAACACGAAUCCUGGAAGCAUAAUUAUAAACAUGAGAGUGAAUGUUUCAGCUAAGAUAUAUGAUACUUCUAAAGCUAAGAGCAUGUGCUCAACACUAGCGGGUUCGUGUCGGAUCAACCUUGUAUUCCCUGAUAUUCAAUAUGUCAUACUCGCCCCACCUGACGAUGGGGGCGGUGAUGAUUGGUAUAUUGAGCUUUCUUUUGUGGCACGAGUGGUAACAUACAUUGCAAUUUUAGGAUUUUUAGUAAUUGUAGUAUUUCUGAUAUUGAAAUACCUUGGAGCCUGUGAUGGAGAGAGUACCACAGUAGACAUAACAGUACCAGAAGAGCGGGAAGUAACCGAGACUGACCCUAUAAUGCCGGUGAAGCCGAGUCGAAGCACAUAUGGAACAGGUGAAGAAGGGGAAGAUUCAGAAGCAGAUAGCAGCUGCUCGGAGGAAUUAUAUGAUGCAAAACUAUGUGUAAUUUGUUACGAUGAGCAACGCAACUGCUUUUUUGUUCCGUGUGGCCACUGUGCCACCUGCUAUGAAUGUGCAUCAAGGAUUAUGGACGGGGAGAGUAAAGUGUGUCCAAUAUGCCGGCGGCUUAUUCACAAAUUGAAAAGAUUGUUUCACUCUUAGAGCUAAAGAAAUGAGCUAGUGAAUCAGUGAUUACCUUUGUAACGAGAUUUUAUGUCUGGAAAGAAGAAUUUUACAUUUUGUGUGGAGAAUAAGUGCCGAUACUUUCUAAUGUUCAAGGUUAUCCUAACUA